UGUAACUUGGCAUGAUGAGGGAGGACUGAAAAAAAAGGAAAAAGAAAAAUAAAAAAAGACGGGCGAGUGGGUAGGUAUAGAUUCCAGCAAGCUUGAAGACACGGGGAGCAAAAGCGGACAAUUUGUAUGGAAGGCUCACAGGCUAAUUCCACCACCACUGGUGCCGCCGGUUCUGCCGCAACUGGCAACCCUAAUUCUACCAGUAAUUCCAUAUUAUCAUCAGCACCGGUGUGGCCCACAGUAGAUGGCCCACUGGGUCUCUCGGAGGACGAAUCGUUGAGCCAUGCCCGCAGAUUCUACAAGUUCGGAUUUGCGUUCUUGCCUUGGCUAUGGGCAGUCAAUUGCUUCUACUUCUGGCCUGUUCUCCGGCACUCCAGCUCCUUCCCCCGCAUUCGUCCCUAUGUUGUGAGAUCAGCGGCUGGAUUCUCAAUAUUCACAGCUCUUCUUUGCUCAUGGGCCUUGACAUUUGCGAUCGGAGGGGAGGGACUCUUUGGCCCUCUUUGGGAUAAACUUGUCAUGUACAAUGUUGCUGACAGAUUAGGCUUGACGGGGUGGGUAUAGUCAUUUUUUCUUUUGCAAUUAAGAGGUCAUGACAAUAUUCAUUCAAGUCUUUUGAUUGUCUGGUUUUGAACAUAUAGUCUUGUAUAUUCUGCCACUAGCCUGUUAUUUGUAAUGGAGAAGGCCUUAGAUAUUACUCUUGUUUUUGUUAUUAUGUUAUAUAACUUCAUCAUCUCUAUCUGCAAAUUGGGAGAAUUUGUAUGCUGAAAGGUGUGAUGGAGGCAAGUAUGCAGAUAUUGGUUUAAUGAUAUCAAAUUUUAUAUUGAACUUCA